CACAAAAGCCGAGAGAGAGAGAAAGUGAAGUUAAGACUACACCGACACAGUGUGAGAAGCAGAAUUAUUACUCACCAACCCUUUCUAUCAGGUACAGAGAGCUGAGCUUUCUGUUUUGACGAGGAUGAGACACGACUUGUCUGUCGGCGGAGACUGCUAUACACUCAGCAUGAAUGGGAGCAGAGACUUGUAUACAAGGACAGCCCCUUUUAGUGGUCUUCAGAUAGCGUCCCAAUAGAGACAGCGCCCCCUUGAUGUUCAAUGUGCUCAAGACGGGGUUUUAUGAGGACAGCAGGUCCAGAAGCUCAACAGAAGACGAAGAAGCAGACGGGAAAUCAGCCCCAAAGAUUUUGACAUGAAGAAGGACAUUGACACCUUGAUAGCAGAGGAACGCGCUGAAAUCAUCUCUAAAUAUGACAAGGGAAGGCAGGAGGGUGUCAACAUCGACCCAUGGGAAGAUGCUGACUACAACAUCUAUAAGGUCACUGACCGCUUUGGCUUCCUGCAUGAGAAAGAGUUGCCAACACCCAGUGCGCUUGAAGAGAAGCAAAAGCAGCAGGAGGUGGAGCGAGUGGAAAAAUGGCUAAAGAUGGUAAAGAACUGGGACAAGUACAAGAACAGUGAAAAGUUGGUGAAGCGUGUGUACAAAGGCAUCCCUCUGCAGCUGAGAGGCCAGGCCUGGGCUUUGCUGUUGGAUAUAGAGAAAAUCAAAAAAGAAAAUGACGGGAAAUAUGAGAAAAUGAAGCUGCAGGCUCGUAGCUACUCAACUGAGAUCAAACAGAUUGACCUAGAUGUCAACAGAACCUUCAGGAACCACAUCAUGUUUAUGGACCGUUUUGGAGUCAAGCAGCAAGCACUUUUUCACGUCUUGGCAGCCUACUCUGUGUACAACACGGAGGUGAGCUACUGUCAGGGGAUGAGUCAGAUUGCUGCCAUCUUGCUUAUGUACCUGAAUGAGGAGGACGCCUUCUGGGCUCUGUCUCAGCUCCUCACCAACAGCAAGCAUUCUAUGCACGGUUUCUUCAUCCCAGGAUUUCCCAAGCUGCACCGUUUCCAAGCCCACCAUGAGCGGAUCCUCUCCAAAAUGCUGCCAAAGCUAAAGAAACAUCUUGACAAGGAACAGAUGACAACUGGGAUUUACACCACCAAAUGGUUUCUGCAGUGCUUCAUUGACAGAACCCCGUUCACCCUCACCCUGCGUUUAUGGGACAUCUACGUAAUGGAGGGAGAGAAGACGCUAAAUGCCAUGGCUUAUACAAUCUUCAAGUUACACAAAAAGCGCCUGCAGAGGCUUCAGUUAGAGGACCUGAGGGAGUUUCUCCAGGAGCAGCUGGCUGUUUCUUUCUUCCUGCCUGACGAUGUGGUGGUUGAACAAUUACAGGCUUCUAUGUCGGAGCUGCGCAGUAAAAAGCUAGACCAACCUCCCUCAGCCAAGUCAGACGAGGUACCAAAGAAACCCCUGGGCCAAGAGAGACCAGUUCUCCUACGGCCUCUGCAGCCUGACUCUCCUCUGGAGGUGAAAAUCAAUCUGCAGCAUCAAAGCCAACUCGACACAGUGACCCAGAGAACAGACAGCAUGACCCCCUCCCGUCCUGAGCCCCAGCCCUCUACAACAGCUACUUUGCCUUCUCCUGAGCCCGUUGUAGUCCACACACAAAGAACACCGUCACCUCUGAGGCCUUGUAGAGCUGCUCCAUUACCUCCAAAGGUGGAAAAACCCUGUGGUGAAGACAGGUUGGAUGGAGAUGUGAAAGAGUCUUUACCAGAGCUGAGCCAUGUUGAAGAUGGGUUGCAACAGGAGAGCCAGCCUGAAGAACCAGACUCCCAGGAGUACCCCAUAGAUUGGCCUCCCCCUUAUGUGCCUCCUCCUCUGGAGGCUCUUGUCAUGCAGCCUGAGGAGGUGAUCAUGGACCUUCCAGAUCUGCCACCCCCUCCCUUAUUUUACACUGAGCAGAUUGACCAAAGUGUCCCAGAGACCCAGCACAGCUCUCCGUCCUCUCACUCAGCCUCCCCACUGGUCACUCAAAGGAAGCUAUCGCCAAAACUUUCCCCUAAACCUUCCCCAAAACCCCCCACAUCUCUGGACCUUACACAGAAAAAACCUCCUCCCUCAAAGCCUUCCCCUCCUGGUGCUUUCACCAAGCCCUCCUCCUCCUCCUCUCCUAGACUUCUUCCCCCAAAACCAACCAAGUUCCCCGUCUCCCUAUAUGUCCCAGUGUCUGCGGGAGAUCGACGGCCAUCAAACACCUCCCAGUAUGAUAACCUUUCUGAGGCCGAUGAAGAUGAUCGCUCCUUGGAGAGGCUACUGGGCUCCACACCUGAGGAAACUCCCAGCAUGCUCAGCGAGCAUCCACAUACCAUGAGCAGUGACUACGACCCUGCUCUCUACCCUCUGCCACCGCCGCCUGUGUUCAUUCCUCCUUCACCCUCUCCUCUUCCUCCCUCGCUAUGCGUUCUUCCCAGUUUGCCUCAGGAGCCAGAGUAUGAAGGAGACGGCAGCUGGGUGGAGAACUCCAUCAUCCCCCCUCCACCGGCCAGUUUUGCUGACAGACUCAGUCCCUUCCAGUGUAAUGCUGUCAGCUGUUCAGACGCACACAGAGCCACCUCGCCUGGUUACUCCAAGCCUUUCUCCAGGGGGCCCAGGGACCAUUCUGCUUUUCCAGCACCCCUGUUGUACACAGGGUCUCCCCCAGGCCACUCUAGGCCUUCAGGACAGCCGGCAGUGGGGGUGCCCUUGGUGCGAUCCAGCCCAGACUUUUGCAGGAUGCCUCCAGGAGGACAGCAGCUGCCCAAAUCAGUGACCUUUUGAAUUUUCCAAGUUCUGUUCAAGUGUUACUGAUUCCUCCUCCAUGAUUCAAACUCUGUUAAAGCUUGAUUAGGUUUCAAAGCCAUGUAAGAAGUAAAAGGCCAGUAUCUAUUCCGUGUGUCAAAGGUGUAUGUGCAUGUGUGUGUGUUGUGUGAGAGGACUUUUUAUUUACUGAUUUGUACAGAUUGUUGAGACUUGCAGCUUUGUAAAAAAGUGCCGUUCUUUUUCUAAAUGUCAAACUUGUAUUUAAACUACUGUCUGUGUUACUGUUUGCUGCACAAAAAGUGAGUGUAGGAAGAAUUGGCUUUUCGUUCAGAUGAUGGUAAGGAGAAAAACUACACAGAAAUUAGUUGACCUAAUUCCAGCUGCAGUUUUAACCUUUACCUCGCCUCCAGUUUGUUCCAACAAAGUGUCUUAACCUUACUGCAGUUCACCAAGUGUAGCAACUCUUAACACAAGGGCUUCUUAGGCUGCAGAGUUAAAGGAGAUCUUGUCUUUAGCCCCUAAACUCUUUAUUCAGCUGCAAACUGUGAGCAGGCUCACACCACUUAUCAGUAAUGGUUAAUUAAAUGCAGUUUUUUUUUACUGUCUGCAGGUCAAUACUUGAUUACCAGGAACCACUUAACAGGGCUGCACCACAGCUGCUUGCAUGCAAAUUGGUAACCACCAGCAGCAAGGAGACAAGGUGCUGUAUGUCACUGGUGUUAACACUGAAGCUAGUGUCAAUCAUAUGAAACCUGCUCAGGUUUCUUUUUCCCCACCCAUGUCGCAGUGGGUUCACUCUGGUGUCCUUCUGCUUAUCUUUUUAAAGUGAUUCUGGAAGGUGCUGUCCUUUUCAAAGACAUGGUUUCAGUGUUAUAUCUGUGUCAGACACUUUGUUUCAUGUGUAUAUAUGCAUGCAAGGUUUAAUAGGGUAGAAGAAUAAGACUUGACAGAAGGAGUGCAAAAUACUGUCACCAUACACUUUUGUUAGUCAAUAUCUUUGUUGCAAUAUUUGUGAAGUGCAGCUCCACCUAGUGGUCAGAAAUGUUAUAGAUUGACGGUAAUUGGCUUUAAAUGUCCAGAAGUUAGAGAGGGGUUUUAGGAUGCUCUGAAAUUAUCUUAUUUAUGAACGUGCACAACUUAAUUUUACAUAAGGAAAUAUUGAAAGGCACAGAGUACAAAAUACACUGUUUUAUACAUGCACAGUCAGGGAGGAGGGGGAAAGCUACAAUUAUACAUAUGCACAAACAAGUUUAAAGACACUGUAGUAACAGAAGUGUCAGAGCAAAAGAAAUGGAAGUUGAGCCAUAACAGUUUGUUCAAGGACCUAAGAGACAAAGGGUUUGUAUUAUUGUUACAUUCAUUAUAUUAUAGUAUAUGCUAUGUCUAAUCAGUAGUUUGGGUUAUUUUGCACUGACCUUUGUCGUUGCCAAGAGGUUACAAUUUUUUGUAAGUACUCAGUUUUCUAACGGAGUUCCAGGUUACUGCUAAAGAGUCCUUUUACAAAGUGAUGUUUAACAGUUCAUGAACUUUGGUCUGGCUGCUUGGAUUUUCACACAAGGGUUUGGAUCCUGGCCUGCAUGAAAGUAUGAUUGGCUAGCAGGAGUAUCUUUUUUUUUUUAAGUCAUGUGACUUGAAUACCAAUAAUGCAUCACUGCUCCUUCUAUGGAUCCACUUUAAAUCAAUGAUUCAGCUCAGACCAAAGUUUGUGUACAUUUAUGCAACUACUUAUUGGAGUUUUAUAAAGAGAUAAACCUUG